GUCACCUUCCAAGCAGUUUCUCCUCUUCUUGAGAAGUCAUGGAUUUUUACACCUUUAUCCAUUUCUUUCUAUCAUGUUCUCUCUCCUUCUCACUCUUCUACCUACUUCUCUCUUCCCUCAUAACCCGAUUAACCAGCUUAGUCGCCCCGACCCGACAAUGCGAAUGUCAAAUCUGUCAAGAUUUUCUCUCAAGAAACUGGACUAAGAAAUUCCACAAUAUAUCCGAUUGGUACUCCGACUUACUCCAAAAAUCUCCGACCGGAACCAUACACAUCCACGUGGCCAACAACAUCAUCACGGCGAAUCCAGAAAAUGUUGAACACAUGUUAAAAACAAGGUUCCAUAAUUACCCAAAAGGGAAACAAUUCUCUGCCAUUCUUGGUGAUUUACUUGGUCAAGGAAUCUUCAACGUGGAUGGUCAUUCAUGGAAGUUUCAGCGAAAACUAGCUAGCCUCGAGCUCGGGAGUGUCUCAGUUAGAUCCUAUGCUUUCCGGGUUAUCUCAUCUGAGAUCCAGACCCGAUUCAUUCCGUUGAUAGAAUCUUUUUCCGAUCAUGAACGAGUUGUUGACUUGCAAGACGUGUUUAGGAGAUUCGCUUUUGAUACCAUUUGUCGAUUUUCUUUCGGGCUUGACCCGGGAUGUCUCCGCAGUUCAUUACCCGAGUCGGAGUUCGCAUCGGCUUUUGAUAAGGCGUCGAGACUCUCCGCUGAACGGGCGAUGACUGCUUCUCCGUUGGUGUGGAAGAUGAAGCGGUUUUUCAAUUUGGGUUCGGAGAAGGAAUUGAGAUCAGCGAUUCGUUCCAUUGAUGUUCUUGCAGGGGAAGUGAUUAAGCAAAAGAAGGAAAUGGGUACGGGUCAAAUCCAGAACGAUCUUCUAUCUAGAUUCAUGUCAACGAUCAGCGACGAUGAUUACUUGCGUGACAUAGUUGUUAGCUUCUUAUUGGCGGGUCGUGACACAAUUGCAUCGGGUCUUACAAGUUUGUUCUGGUUAUUGGCUCAAAACAGAGAAAUUGUGUCAAUGAUCCGAGAAGAAGCCGAACGGGUCAUGGGUCAAUCGGAUACGGGUCUCCCGACAUUCGAGCAGUUACAGAAGAUGAACUAUCUUCAGGCUGCGGUGUACGAGAGUUUAAGGAUUUUCCCACCUGUACAAUUUGAUUCAAAGUUUGCUUCACAACCCGAUGUUCUUCCGGACGGGUCUUUUGUAAAGAGUGGGACUCGGGUCACUUACCACCCGUACGCGAUGGGUCGGAUGGAGAAAAUAUGGGGUUCGGAUUGCCUUGAAUUCAAGCCCGAACGGUGGUUAUCUGAUGGUAUCUUCACGCCGGUAAAUCCUUUCAAGUUCUCGGUUUUUCAGGCCGGGAAUAGGGUUUGUUUGGGGAAGGAAAUGGCGGUGGUGGAGAUGAAGUUGGUGGCGGUUUCUUUCAUAAGGCGGUUUGAUAUCGAGUUGGCGGCGCCGUCAGAUCAGAGUAUGCUAAGGUUCUCUCCUGGUUUGACAGCCACCGUAAGCGGCGGCCUCCCGGUGGUUAUUCAACGGCGGCGUGAUAGUGAGAUUAUUGAAAAUGCCUUUGUAUUAAGAAAGUAAUAAGGGAGAAACUAUAUAUGGUUAAUUGAAGCAAUAGUAGAUUAGUAAUUAACUGUGACAGUACAUACACAUCAAAUAAAAUUAGAGAAAUUUGGUAUUUCAUAACUAA